GCGCACGCCGUAGUGCGCAGUCAGAGGCAGGCAGCUUGCUGGAAGGCUGCCGCGUUUGCCUAUGAAAAUUACUUCCCAUAUGGAUGGCAUCCUCAAGUGCUGUCCCCGAAAGUCCGAGUCCCUCUGGGACUCGGCGUAGGAGACAGUGCUCAGUGGCUCAGAAUGAGCACGACCACCGAAAGGAGCCAAGAAUCGGAAUACGUCGUUCCCAGUGCUAACUCGCAAGAAGUGCAGCCAUCCCCAUUGGCCCUGCUGGCCGCCACGUGUAGCAAGAUCGGCUCCCCAACGGAUUCCCCAGCAGAUGACAGUGGUGGCGGCGAUGGCGCCAACGGAGACGCCUCGCCCGCCAAAACCAAUAGUGCCACCGUGCUCUCAGCAGGAGCGAAUGAGCUGGUGGCACAGUAUGUACAGGCACCCACCAUGGGUGUGCUCAACCCAGACGGCACCGUCACACCUAUGCCUUCGCCUACAGUCAAGGCGCAGCCCCAGGCACAGUCUGCAGUUUUCUCUCCUGGCACACAACUUGUGGCACAGGUGACACCUAGCGGCCAGAUAACUUACAACGCCAUCCCACAGAUUCAGAACAUCCAGAUUGAUGGACAGGAGGCCAUUUUCAUCCCAGCGUCCUUCACUGGCGGCCAGCAGGCCAUCCAACUGGCUGGUGGAGGACAUGCACUGCUUACUAACCAGGGAUUUCUGCGCCCUCAAGGGUUCACACAGAAUGUGGCCAUCCGGCAGGGCAACAUGGUUCAGACACUGCAGCUCCCAUUGGCGGCGGCAGCUCCCAUGCAGCAGACUAUACCGGUGCAAGUGCCCAUUUCGACAGGCAACGGCCAGACCGUGUUUCAGACCAUCCAUGUGCCCGUGCAAACACUGCAGGCCGUUGCAACCCCACAGGGAAACAUGCUGGCCUCAGGGCAGCAGCUUGCCACUGCACAAGUUGUCCAACAGCUUGCACAGAUGCAACCGCAGAUGGCCCAGCUGACCGCCCAGGGCCAACUGCAGCAGAUCCAAGUCACAGCCACGCCCACGGUGGCAGCAAACCACCAGCAGGCAGCCCGUCCCCAGCAGCCACAGCCAACAGCAGCAACCCCGACGUCCUGGUCAGGGGCCACCCAGGUGGUGAUGACCUCGACGGGUGAAACAGCAACCAUCACCACAGGGGCACAGCCACAGGCCACCGUCCAGAGUGCCUCUAGCGCUCAGGCACAGCAGCAGCAAGCCCAGCAGAAUGCAGCCAUGGCUGCACAGGUGCAGGCACAGGCACUGGCUGUGCAGCUUCCUUCGGGCCAAGUGGUCCAGGGCCAGAUGGGGCAGCUGCUGGCGGCAGGGGGUGCAGCCUGGUGGCCCAUGGGGGCCACUGCCAUCAACGUCUCGGGCCUGGCUGGUCUUAGGUCACCCAACAUAAUUCAGGUGCAGAGCCUGCCUGGCAUCCAAAUGCAGGGGGCAGCAGGCGGGGGCGCAGGGCAGCAUCACCUCCUGGGGGGUGGGACCCUCCAAGCGCUGGGAAUCACACCGCAGGGCAAUGUCAUCGCUUCCCCUAUGCAGAGUGCUGCACCCCUCAGCCCCCUGCAAACAGUGCAAGCUGCUCUGGCCAAUGGGCAGCUCUUAGCCCAGCAAUUCCAGCAAGAUCCCAAUGACCCUACCAAGUGGCAAGUGGUUACUGCGCAACCCGUGGCAGCUCCCGCGGCCAGCACUACCCAAACCCACCUUCAGGCUGCCGGACAGCAGGUUCAUCUGGUGCAGGCACAAGCCCAAACACUGACUUCAGCCGCAGGAGGUGCAUCGACUCCUGUGACGGAUGGCAGCGGUGGCCUGGAAUCCCCCGACCUGACAGACGGGGGUGCCUCCCAGGGGGCAGCCGACGGGGCGAGCACCCCGACGGGCGCUGGCAGUAGUGGUGGCAAUGCUGGCCUCAGGAGACUGCGCCGGGUGGCGUGCACCUGCCCGAACUGCCGCGAGGGUGAAGGCAGGAGUAGCGAGAACAAGCGACGGCAGCAUGUGUGCCACAUAGCGGGCUGUCAUAAAGUCUACGGGAAAACGUCUCACCUGCGGGCCCACCUGCGCUGGCACACCGGCGAGCGGCCCUUUGUUUGCGAGUGGCUCUUUUGUGGCAAGCGCUUCACGCGCUCUGAUGAACUGCAGCGACACAAGCGCACCCACACAGGGGAAAAGCGCUUCCAGUGUGCUGAGUGCCUGAAGCGCUUUAUGCGCAGCGACCACCUGUCCAAGCACCUCAAGACCCACCUUAGCAAAAAGGGCGCGAUCUCCGGCGUGAGUGCAGCGGCCAACGCCUCACAUGAUGACUUCGCCCCAGACUCCUGUGACCUGGAGAUGUCUGUUGACGUCUCGGACCACGACCUCUCGAUAAACGAGUCGGCUCUUGCCGAGAACAACGGCACCACACAUGUCCUCUCCACUUGAGACUGCACAUCUUGCCAGCCCUGUGCAUUUCAUCACACAUCUGAUUCCUAUUUGCUGUGUUUCCCACAAGACUUGUUGUGGUGUUAGAUUCGUGCAUUGGAAUGUUCAACGGUCUUUGAAUCAUUUGUGCAACAAGUCUUGAGAAUAGCACUGCAUCUAUGUCCUGCUUUGAGAUAGCACAGCAGACAAUACAAGAGGUUUUGUUCCGUUUGUAUGUCAAAACCUUGUCACAAUGAAAAUUAUUAGAUGAAAUUAGCUAUUUCCCACAAAUUGAUGUAAGGAACCAUUUAGUGUGUCAUGGAAUAUUUACUGAUCAUUUCAAGCCAGUUAGGCCGAAAUUUUGUGCUAUGCAAUGUUUCCAAUAACUUGCCUGUUGCAGCAGUUAAAAACUUUCAAAAUUGUUAUGCACCAAACUGCAGAUUUGGAGGCCAUUCUACUUUCACACUCUGCUACCACAGUCUCCCAACACCACUACACACUACCACACACUACCAAAGGCUGUGCACAUUACACGCUGUGACUUGGUUGAGUUUUCUGGACUAUCAUGCCAAGCUCCGGAAUAAAACGUGAAGAGCCCAUUGUGCAACUAGAAGCACAUGCUGCGCUGUCUGAAUGCAGAUGUCGUGAACUGCUGCACACUUUCAGUAAAAUCAGUGGGCUCGCAACUUCACAUUGCAGCUUGCAUGCUAUCAGCAUAUUGUGAGUGUGUCGCUAAGGCAGUGCAAGCCUCUGAUUUCACACAGUGCUCAUUGCUGAAUAAGGUAGUUUAAUGAAAGAGCUUUUUCGUUCAAGUUUAAAGGCGUCUGCUUGCAUCCAGCAACAAGCAUUGUACAAAAUCUGAAGACUUGCAGUGCUCUGCCGGCAGACUUGCAAAAUGGCAACAAGCCAAGUGAUCACCAAACAGCAUUAGAUCAGGAGUUUGAACCCUUUGACUUGGCUGAGCAUGUAGAGCAGUUCAUUGCGGUUGCAGUCAGAUAGGGUGCCACAUAUCGCAAUCUGCAAGAGCAAAUUGAAAUUAUUUGUCAGAAAAAGAUAUUCCCCUGUGCACUCUUUUUUUUUCAUAUUUUUUUUGUGUUCCAUUGGCGGCGCACAGCAGGAUAUGUUGCAUCAAUAACUGUCCCUCCUCCUGUGGGCAACAUCGGCUGUAAUGUUCAUAACGAACUAAUUUAGGCUCCCUGUUUAAACGUCAUUAUAGCGAGGUUUUGCUAUAGUUAGACAAAAGUGGACACACUCACAGUAAUAGUGGACUCUUAUUGUGCCAGAAGAAAUGCAGGUUGGUGUGAAGCUCAGCCUGCCUAGUAGGCUGAGAAAAAGCUGUGGGUGCGAGGAAGCAGAGACGCGAGUAAUUAGUCAACAAACUUCUAAGGUACAGCUGUUCGCAGUACAGAUUUGGAUGCAUAGAAAAAUUAAUAGGAGGCCUGGCGUUCAUAACCGGUGCGAAAAGUACAGCAGUAGCUGUGCCACAUUAACAAGGUCUUUGGUGAGCUCACUGAUUCAAUCAAUGAUGUGCACAGGACAAGCUGCUGUGUGUGACUGUAGUCCAUAAAAAUACUGUUAAAUGUGGGAAAUACAGCAAAAGAAACUUUCUGCAGCAGGGACACUGAAUAGAGCACUCUUAGUUUCAAUAUUGGCAUGCGAGUGCAGCUAAAAAAGGUGCAAGUUGGAAGUCUCGCGUUUCUUUUCAAUUUUUUAUUAAUUAUUGCUUGCUAUAUUACGCUCAUGUGUUCUUGUUAUGAAUCUAAAAAAAAGUGAAAGCAAUGUUUGAACAUAAAGCUUAUAUCGGUGGCUCAUGAAAUUGCUUAUCUUGUUGCGCUUCACGUACUCAUCAUCUUCAUCAUCAGCUUAUUUUAUGUCCACUGCAGGACGAAGGCGAUCUCCAAUUACCUGUGUCCUUUGCCAACCGAUUCCAACUAGCGCCCGUGAAUUUCCUAGUUUCAUCGCCCCACCUAGUCUUCUGCCGUCCUCGACUGCGCUUCCCUUCUCUUCGCACCCAUUCUGUAACGCUAAUGGUCCAACGAUUAUCUAACCUGCGCAUUACACGACCUGCCUAGCUCAAUUUUUUUCUCUUAAUGUCAGUUAGAAUUUCGGCUAUACCUGUUUGCUGUCUGAUCCAAACUGCUCUCUUUCUGUCUCAACAUUAUGCGUAGCAUUCUUCGUUCCAUCACUCUUUACGCGGUCCUUAACUUGUUCUCAAGCUUCUUUGUCAGUCUCCAAGUCUCUGCCCCAUAUGUCAGCACUACACUUACUAUGAUUUGACAAAUGCCAUCCGCCACUGCAACUGUGAGAAACUGACAGCACUUUAUCACUGAAAUUAUCCUUUCAUGAGCCACACACCCCCUUCUCAAGCGGACACCUUGUCAACUGCACGGUUGACAAGGUGAAAUACAGCAAAAUGAAAUAGCAAAACUCACACUGCACUACGAAUUGCAAAAUUGUAGUAUAGUGUGAUUGCACUCAUGAGUGAUUACUCACAAGAAGAGUUCACUUUACAACUUUAUACUUCCUAAUUUGUGUUCUCUUUGUUCACACUAGUACGUGGGUAUUAUGGCAGACAAUGGAAAAAUUGAACGGUUCGGUUGGGCAGCAAAGAUGCUUCUAGACUCGCCAGUGCUCUCUUCAGUGACUCUAGCUGUAGUGUAUAUUUAUCCAUUUCAACAUUAUGCCUGCAUGAAUCUCCAGAAAUUGAUGAGUAUGUGUCCAUGGGCUGUGUUAUGUCACAAACAUCUUUCAUAAUCAUUGGGAGGACAUUGUGCUUGCUGAUUGUACCAUGUACAUGUUUGAAGUGUGUGGCAAACUUUGGAGAUUGUGAAUUUUUAUUUUCAUCGCUCACUGUAAUGCUCUGAAGUGCCAUAUAGAUUUAAUUUGUCCUAGAUGUUCAAUCAAACUGUUGCUGUCACAUUCAUAAGCUGUAUGCGUUAAAGGUUUGCUUUAACAGAAGGGAUCACAUUACUACAUUGCAAAUUGAUGCUUUUUAAAAAUUGUGCUCAGCUGUGCGACCAUCAUGGUGCAAUGGUUGAAACAAGGAGUUAGCAGCUUUCUUCGUUUUCAUUACAGCAGGCCUCUCGCUCCUUUGGCUAUCUUUAGCAUUUCAUUUCUGUUUCACAUGAAGGUGCUGAGCUUGAUUCUGCCAUGGUAAAAUCCUGGUUUAAUAGAUUUGCAAGAAGCGGAAGCAAUAACUAUUACCGUGCCAAUUUUUUUUUUGCUCAAGAAUGUAAUUGGAAACAGAAUCUCUCAAAGAUGCAUUUAUUUUAAUUUUAUUUUGCAGAGAAACCUAUGUGCUUCCAUGGUAUAAUUUGUGUUUUCAUUAUGUGCAAAUGGCACAUGCCCAAAUGGUUGGUGCUAACAAUCAUUUGUGAAAAGCAUAUUUAUUUUAAUAUUAAGUCAGCUGUUUCUUUUUUUCUUUUUCUUUUUUUUUUGCAGACUUAUUUCAGCUUAAUGCACAUAUGGUAAAUGGAGUCAGAAUGGCUUCAAAGUACUGGCUGUUGCAAUGAUUAUGAAUUCCAGCUCACAUUUUAGUCUACUCCAGUCAACAGGAACAUAGGAGCUGCCAAAAGGCUGCCAACUUCCUGAAAAAUACAUGACCAAAACGUGUGGAGGCACCACACACCUUUCUUCAUGAAUGCAUUGACCCCUUCAAUUCAGACUCUAUGCCCAAGCCACAAGGACAUGGAUCUUUCAAGAGUUCUGAAGAAUUCCUAGGGCAGUCAUUAUACGUUUUGUAUGUGCUCUUGUGGAAUGUGUAUUUUCUGUGAAAGUUCAUAUCAGAGGAACUGGCAUUUCAGUGGUGGAGGUUUAAGUUCAGCCUGUCAUUGCAAACAACUCACUUCCUACACCUCACUUUAGAGGAGUACCCAAAGUUUGCCCUCACUGAACAUGGUGGUUACAUCAGCAAAGCCGUGCUAUGUUAGCCCACAACAUUUUCUUGCUAGCUACUUCUGAGAAAGCGAGAACGAACUUUCCCUCUUUCAAGGGAAGUUCCCAUAAUUUGCAUUAGUCAGACGAUGGCUGCAAGUUUGUUGUUGGGGCUUUGUCGUGGAGAGUCCAUUACUUAGACUUUCUGCAAGUUGUAAAGAUUAAUGUGAAGAUUUUAUGCUCAUAUGUGUCGUACCUUGGACACUUUACUCGAGGUGACAUUGUGGUGCCGCUUUUGCACUUGUUUGUAAUCUUGUGAAGUACAAUUUUUGUUACUAAUAUAUACUGAAGCAGCAUAUCUGCAACAUGCGCACUGUGUGCCAAGUUUAUGGAGUGCUCAUCCUGCCUUGCUGAAGAUUCUUUUCUUUUUGUCACCUGAGCUUCAUCAUUGUAGCACUUUUAUUUCUAGUGCACACAUGUUAUAGUCAUUUGUGCAUGCUGCAUUUGUCAUGAGCAUAUUUGAUUGCUUUGUGCAGAUCAUCACAUCACUAACAUAUGAAAUCAGUUUUGACUACACAUCAACACUGAGCAUAAAGACUUCACCAACUUUUUUUUUUCUCAUUGCUUUUUAUCUAGUAUGUUGUACAGGUUGUGAUGGCCACUUUCAUAUGACUGAUGUAAAUACAGACGAUGGUGUAGCAAGCUUUCAUACUGGGUGUUUUUGCACUUUUCAUAUGUGAGAAAUGAAGUGUUGCAGAGUUUGAUACAGGUACCUCAUGUCAUCCAUUGUUUUGUGUGGUAUGGCUAUCAUCCACAAUGACAACUUCUCAAUAGGAGCAUGUUAAAAUGCUACUCUGGCAUAAAUGUACAGAUUUUGAAAUUGCAGCUAUCACAGUAUUGGAAAUAAUUUAGGUCAUUCAAGAUUGAAAUGUGCUUGUUGAUGUUAGCAUCUCAUUUCUACAGCCCCUUCUCCCAUUAAAUUUCAAAAGAAUUAAAUCAUACAUUUGCACGGUUUGUGAGGGUUACUCUUUAUCAGAAGAUUGUUGACUAGCACAUUUUUGUAUAUUUUCUGAGCAGGGAAAAUGUGUUGCGAUGCCAAACACCAUGUCAUAAACUCAGAAAGCAUGUUAUUGAAGGUGUCAAAUAAAAUUGAACAAUGUUGAACACCUUA